AUGGAGCGUUUCAGUAUUUUUGAUGUCGUCGGGGAGACGAUUCCAUUCGGAUACAGUAGAUGGUACACAGGAUAUUGGUGGGACCCUGUGUGUAGAGAUGGACGGACAUACAGGAUUCUCUAUGAGGAAGUGAAUGAAUCUGAAGUCGAUAUUGUACAGAUUUAUUUGCCCAUGGAUGACAAGUGGGUGGACGAGUACCGGUAUCCCCGUGCGGGUAAAACCAAUGCUGACAGCUGUCUGAAGAUGGCUCAGUUCACUGUUGGAAACGAUGGUAGGUUUGAGGAUGAAGUCAUCAUGCUGAGGUUGUUUGAGCCUCUGUCGAGUCUUUCAGUGGACACGGAGUACCUUGCCAGGGCGGGAUGGACACCAGACGGAAACUUUGUCCACUGUCAGAUGUUGAAUCGGGUCCAGACCAAUCUCACCCUGUACCUGAUCCCUCGAGAGUGUUUUGUCGCAGAGGCCCGGUACCAGCCUAGCUCACAGACACGGACAGACGCCCAGUAUGAACCUGUCCCACUGCCACCUGUACAUGUCCUACUGGAGGAAACCUCUGACAUCUGGGUCAAUGUAGGAUACCGGCAUCUCUAUCGGUUCAGUGCAUCACUGGCUCAUCAUGGACAGACUCAGCAAACAGUGAUGUCCUGUGAGAGUGAGGUCACACAGAUCACCACUGGGGACUGGGAGGUGUCCUCUAAAGAGAUAUGGGUGGACGAAACACGAGGUCUGGUCUACUUCCUUGGACUAAAGGACACUCCACUUGAAACGCAUCUGUAUGUAGUCUCCUACCAGACCCCGGGUCCUGUCUACAGACUCACUGAGCUUAGGUACACUCACAACGUCACACUGGAUAAGGCGUGCUCCAUGUUUGUGACAGUGUUCAGCGCUGUGAACUCAGCUCCACAGUCUGCUCUAUACAGAAUAGAGAUCUCACCCGAGUCUGUACAGACUCAACGCCUGGCCAUUAUCAUGUCAUCCACAGACUUCCCUGACUACAGCUACCCAGAGAUGUUCAACUACAAGAGCAAGUCAGGCCACACAAUGUAUGGGAUGUACUACCGGCCCCACAACUACCAGCAAGGGGUCAGGUACCCCACGGUGCUGUUUGUGUACGGGGGACCGCAUGUACAGCUGGUGACCAACUCCUUCAAAGGGCUCAAGCAUGUACGACUGCACACACUGGCUGCGGAAGGUUUUGCUGUUGUCAUUAUUGAUGGUAGAGGCUCGUGUAGUCGAGGGAUCAAGUUUGAAAGCCAUAUUAAAAACAGACUGGGCACUACAGAGAUAGAGGAUCAAGUGGAGGUUUUACAGUGGCUGGCAUCACAUGUAGAUUUUAUAGACGAAGAUAGGAUAGCAAUACACGGAUGGUCUUACGGUGGCUACCUCUCCUUAAUGGGUCUGGCUCAGAGGCCAGAUAUAUUCAAGGUGUCUAUAGCGGGUGCCCCGGUUGUAGACUGGCACCUGUACGACACUGGAUACACGGAGCGGUACAUGGACCUGCCCACUAACAACCUGUAUGGGUAUCACCGUGGCAACGUGCUCACAUAUGUAGACAGCUUACCGGAAGAUGAGAAUCGUCUACUGAUCGUGCAUGGUCUGAUGGAUGAAAAUGUCCACUUCCUACACACAAGCAAACUGGUGAACGCUCUCGUGAAGGCCUGCAAACCACACACUCUACAGUUGUAUCCCAAUGAGAGACAUGGUAUCAGAAGUCAUGAGGCGUCUGAACACUACCGUGUCCUGGUGCUUAACUUCCUAAAACACAACCUGUGAUAUGUUCACAUAACUUAGGAGAGUAGUCUUCGAUACACAGUACAGAACACUCAGAGUGGUGAUGGAAACCUUUGGUACAACAUGAAAAAAAAACAAGUUGUCAUGGAUACACAGUUCAGAACACUUCAUGCACAGUACAGAGUGUGAUAAACAGAGUAGUUAAUGAAACUCUUACAGUUGUCUUGGUUACUGUAAGAGUAGAUUUAGAAACUUCUUACAGGAAAAAAACACUGUGUUUCAAAUGGGAUCUGUACUAUGCAGUCAUCGUGUGUCACUGAUACAACAACAUUAAAACCAGUACAAUUCACACUGUCUCACAUUCAGCUUUAGACUGUUAACUGAUUUGUACCGUUCAUUAAUAAUUGGGCCGUGUUCUGUAAAAAAGGGGUUUAAUGCAUGUGCGUAAAAUAACUAUCCAGAUAAGCCUGUGCAGUCUGCACAGGCUAAUC